AUGAGUGAAUGUCCCGUCCGCAAGAAUACCAGCGCCAAUGUCGCUGGCAGCGGCACCAGGAAUCGUGACUGGUGGCCCGAACAGCUCAAGCUGAACAUCCUGCGCCAGCACACCGAUGUCACCAAUCCCAUGACCAAGGAGUUCGACUAUCCCGCGGCUUUCAAGAAACUGGACUACUGGGCCGUCAAGAAGGACUUGCAUGCGCUGAUGACCGAUUCCCAGGACUGGUGGCCCGCCGACUUUGGCCACUAUGGCGGUCUGUUCAUCCGGAUGGCCUGGCACAGCGCCGGAACCUACCGUGUCUUCGAUGGCCGGGGUGGCGGUGGAGAGGGCCAGCAGCGCUUUGCACCCCUCAACAGCUGGCCGGAUAAUGUCAGUCUGGAUAAGGCUCGUCGUCUGCUCUGGCCGAUCAAGCAGAAGUACGGCAACAAGAUCUCGUGGGCGGAUCUGCUCCUGCUCACUGGCAACGUCGCCCUGGAAUCCAUGGGCGUGAAGACUUUCGGGUUCGCUGGCGGUCGUGAGGACAAGUGGGAGGCCGACGAGUCCGUCUACUGGGGUGCCGAGACGGAGUGGUUCGCCAAUGCCGAGCGCUACCACCCCGAGUCGGAAUCCGACAAGGACCGCCAGAGCGAUAUCAACACCCGUGAUCCCGAAGGCCCUCUGGCCGCCGUCGUCAUGGGUCUGAUCUACGUCAACCCUGAGGGCCCCAAUAGCGUUCCCGAUCCCGUUGCGGCCGCGCGGGAUAUCCGCAUAACCUUUGGCCGCAUGGCCAUGAAUGACGAGGAGACCGUUGCGCUGAUUGCCGGUGGCCACACCUUUGGCAAGACGCACGGUGCCGCUUCCGCUGAUCAUGUCGGCAAGGAGCCCGAGGGUUCUGGCCUUGAAGCGCAAGGUUUCGGCUGGAACAACAGCCACGCCUCUGGCAAGGGCAAGGACACCAUCACCAGCGGCCUGGAGGUGAUCUGGACCAAGACCCCCACCAAGUGGAGCAACGACUUCCUCGAGUACCUCUUCAAGUAUGAGUGGGAGUUGACCAAGAGUCCCGCUGGUGCCAACCAGUGGGUGGCCAAGGAUGCGGAUGCUUUCAUCCCUGAUGCCCACGACCCCAACGUCAAGCACAAGCCUCGCAUGCUGACCACCGAUCUUUCUCUGCGUUUCGACCCUGCCUAUGAGAAGAUCUCCCGUCGCUUCCUGGAGAACCCACAACAGCUUCACGAAGCCUUUGUUCGUGCUUGGUUCAAGCUGCUUCACCGUGACAUGGGCCCCCGCUCGCGCUGGCUCGGUCCCGAGAUCCCCCAGGAGACGCUGAUCUGGGAAGACCCGGUCCCCGCCGUGGACCACCCGCUCGUCGACGAGUCGGAUAUUGCUGCGCUGAAGAAGGAGAUUCUCGCCUCCGGCCUCGCCCCCACCAAGUUCAUCUCGACCGCGUGGGCCUCUGCCUCUACUUUCCGCGGCAGCGACAAACGCGGCGGUGCCAAUGGUGCCCGCAUCCGCCUGGCUCCCCAGAAGGACUGGGACAUCAACAAUCCGGCCCAGCUCCGCGAGGUCCUGGCCGUACUGGAGGAUGUCCAGCGCCGCUUCAACAGCUCCCAGAGUGGAAACAAGAAGGUCUCCCUGGCCGAUCUCAUCGUGCUAGCCGGAUGCGCCGGCCUCGAGAAGGCUUCCGGCCACCCCGUCCCCUUCACCCCGGGCCGCACGGAUGCCUCGCAGGAGCAGACCGACGUGGACUCGGUGCAGUACCUGAAGCCGUACGCCGAUGGCUUCCGCAACUACGGAAAAUCCACUCCCCGCGUCCGUACCGAGCAGUUCCUCAUCGACCGUGCUCACCUGCUCACCCUCUCCGCUCCGGAGCUGACCGCUCUGAUCGGUGGUCUGCGUACCCUGAACCUCAACUACGACGGCUCCGCGCACGGUGUCUUCACCCAGCGCCCUGGCCAGCUGUCCAACGACUUCUUCACUAACCUGUUGGAUAUGAACACCGUCUGGAAGGCCGCCACCCCCGACUCCGAGCUCUUCGAGGGCGUAGACCGCAAGACGGGCCAGAAGAAGUGGACCGCUACUCGCUCCGAUCUGGUCUUUGGCUCACACGCGGAGCUGCGCGCCAUUGCUGAGGUGUACGGUAGCUCCGAUGGACAGGAGAAGUUCGUCAAGGACUUUGUCGCUGCUUGGGACAAGGUCAUGAACCUUGAUCGCUUCGACCUGACUUCCUCGGCUGGCUCGGGCCGCGCUCGUCUGUGA